AUGCAGGCGAUGAAGAAGGGGAACGAAAACAAAAAGGACACAAACACGCAGACGGAUGUCCGUCUAAGCAACAUCACAUCAGCAAAGGCUGUGGCGGACUGUGUGCGCACCUCCCUCGGCCCACGUGGCAUGGAUAAGAUGAUUGUGGAGCCACGCGGCGAGGUACUCAUCAGCAACGAUGGCGCUACCAUCUUGUCAAAGCUACAGGUGACACAUCCAUGCGCCAAGAUGUUGGUGGAGCUCUCCAAGGCACAGGACGUGGAGGCGGGUGACGGAACGACAAGUGUUGUUGUGCUUUGCGGUGCCCUUCUCCGCACCGUGGAGGAGCUGCUGAUGAAAGGCAUUCACCCCACGCAGAUAUCGGAGUGCUUUAACGAUUGUGCCAAGAUGGCGGAGAAGAUCCUUGAGGAUAUGAGCAUUAAUAUCGAAAUAGAGGAUCGUGAGACGCUCAUCAAGGCUGCAAUUACGUCAUUGAACUCCAAGGUCAUCUCACAGAACAGCGACUUGCUAGCUCCAAUGGCUGUGGAUGCCGUGCGAAGAAUUAUGCGUGACAAUGGUGAUGUGGAUUUGCGUGAUGUGCGUGUUGUCACUUCUCUCGGUGGUACUAUAGAUGACUCUGUACUGCUAACAAAUGGCAUGGUGUUCAAGCAAAAGGCCUCACAUGUAGCUGGUGGACCAGUCCGUAUUACAAACGCGACAAUAGCUCUUAUUCAGUUCCAGUUGUCGCCUCCAAAGACUGAUAUGGAGAGCACCGUGACAAUUAAUGAAUACAGCCAAAUGGAUCGUGCGCUGAAGGAGGAGCGCAAGUAUUUGCUGCAUCUCUGCAAGAAGAUUAAGGACGCCGGGGUGAAUGUGUUACUUGUGCAAAAAUCUGUUCUCCGCGACGCCGUCACCGUUCAGAGUCUUGACUUUCUUGCCAAGAUGAAAAUUAUGGUGGUGAAGGACAUUGAGCGCAACGACAUUGACUUCAUCACGAAGACGCUCGGGUGCCUCCCUGUGGCGAACAUAGAGAACCUGAAACCAGAAAAAUUUGGCCACGCCGACCUCGUCAUGGAGGAAAACACACCAAGUGGUAAAAUCAUCCGUGUCACUGGAGUGCAGACGCCAACAAACACAAUUGGCCGUCAAUUGUUUGGCAAGACAGUCACGUUUUUUCUUCGAGGAAGCAACAGCAUGAUCCUUGAGGAGGGCGAACGCGCUCUGCACGACUCGCUUUGUGUUAUUCGCUCUAUUGUGAAGAGGCGUGCAAUCAUUCCUGGUGGCGCCGCCGGUGAGACGGAGGUAUGCUUACAGCUCGGCAAGUACGCGCGUGAGCGGGCACAAGGUACUCAGACAUUCUGCAUGCGUGCCUUUGCGGAUGCAUUUGAAGUCAUUCCAUACACGCUUGCUGAGAAUGCAGGGCUACAGCCUAUUUCUAUCGUCACGGAGCUCCGUAAUGCCCAUGCGCGUGGUAACAAGAAUGCGGGUGUAAAUGUGCGCAAGGGCUGCGUAACGGACAUGGUGGAGGAGAACGUUGUGCAGCCAUUGCUUGUCUCAACCUCUUCCGUACGGCUGGCGGCGGAGUGCGUGAUGAUGAUUCUGAAGAUUGACGACAUCAUCAUGACUCGCGCGUAA